UCGGGCGUUGGGGGGGCGCAGGAACUUGGCAGCAGCGAUUCCAGGAGCCUGGCCAGCCCGGAGCCGAGGGAACCGCUGGCGCAUGCAGAGCUGCAGCCGGCUCGGGCUCCGCUCCGCGCGGCAUUAAUUCCCGGGAAGGGGAGGGAGCCCUAAUCCCUGACAGCUGCUGCUUCGCACGGAUCAAUAACCCUUUUCACUUUUCCCGCUGCUUGUUCCGCGGGGAGCGCCAUCGAUCGGGCAGCUCCUCCUGCCGGCUUCCUCCCUCCUCGCCCCUGAUCGCGCAGCCGGCAAGGGAGGAGGCAGGUGGCCCGCGGCGAGGGCACGGGCGGCACGGCCGCGAGGAGCCAGCGGAUUUGCACCUCCCAACUUUGGGAGCAGGAGCCGCGCGGCAGGGAGGCGGUUAACGUCCAGGAGGAUCUACAGCCGGGGGAUUAGGAGGGGCUGCUCUGCUGGCCGGCGUCUCCGGCUCCCCGUCCCCGCUCCCGCCCGGGGCUGCUCCUCUCCUGGGGCAGGAACUCGUGGGCAGGGGCUGCCAGGCCCCGGCGAGCGGAGCUGCCAGCGAGCGGCAGCGGCAGCUGAGGCCGGCAGUGCUCUCUGCUCUCCUUGGCAUCACUUUGCCGUGGCCGAGCUAUUCUAACAAGUGGCUGGAGCAGCACUUUGGAGCCCGGCGGGGCUCGGUUCGGCGCGGUGCCCCUGCCCGGGGGCUCCGGUCGCUGCCCGCUGCCUCCGCUCGCGCCGGGCUGCACGGGGAAAUAACGGUGACAUGUCUUGAAUGAUUAAGUAUUCCCUGGAUUGUAUUAGCACAUGCUGCCUGUGUCUGCCGGGUCUUAGCAGCGUUCAGCGGAGGCAGAGGCAGGGUUAUUUGACAGCUGUAUUUGUGCUGAUAAGCGAAGGCACAAGGAGACGAUCGACUAGUGAGACAAGUGGGAAGCAGCAGCGGCUAGGAGCGCCGGAGAAGGGCUGUGCUUGCCUUGGCGGGUGAGGUGUCCUGCCCCAGAGGAGGCUCUGCCGUGCCCGUCCCCGGGUCUGGCCGGGUCCCCGCACCGGGGGCGAGCUCGCUGGCUGGGCACGGUGGGCGCGCCGGCCGCUCUGGGCAGAUGCCGAUUGAGAUCGUGUGCAAAAUUAAAUUUGCCGAGGAGGAUGAGAAGCAGAAGGAGGAAGAGGAAGGGGACAAGGAGAGUCUGAUCGAGGAGCCCAGCCGCCCGCGCACCCGCGACCUGGCCACCUUCGCUGGCACCAGCACCCUGCAUGGCCUUGGCCACAUCUGUGGGUCAGGGCGCCUGGGCGUCCGGCAGACCCUGUGGGCGUUCGCCUUCCUGCUCUCGCUGGCCUUCUUCUUCUCGCAGGCGGCCCGCUCGGCGCUGCUCUACCUGGAGCGCCCGCACCUCACGGCGCUGGACGAGGAGGCCGCCCGCGAGAUGCUCUUCCCGGCCGUCACCAUCUGCAACAUCAACCGCUUCCGCCACUCCGCGCUCUCCGACGCCGACAUCUUCCACCUGGCCAACAUGACCGGGCUGCCCCCCAAGGACCGCGAGGGGCACAGGGCGGCCGACCUGCUCUACCCCGACCCGGACAUGGCCGACAUCCUCAACCGCACCGGCCACCAGCUCGACGACAUGCUCCAGAGCUGCAACUUCAGCGGCGAGAAGUGCUCCUCCCAGAACUUCACCGUGGUGAGUCCCCGCCUGGCUGGAGGCGCCUGGCCCCGGGCGCUGGCACCUGCUGCUCCAGCGUCGUCUGCUCGAGUUUCCCUCCGGGUUCCCCGAGGAGAGCCCUUCCCAGAGCUCUGUCCAGGGGCCAGGCUGUGCUGGGGGGGGGCUCUGGGCCCCCCGGAUGGAGGGGCUUGCAGAGCUGGUGCCAGGGGGAGCUGAGGGGUGGCUGGAUGC